GGAAUUUGAACACUUUUCACUGAGAAAUGCUGUGGGAGAUCUGUCUGGACAUUUUGACGGAGUGAUGACACAUUUUGUCUCAAGCCCUCUGCGUCAGGUUUUUCCUUUUCAUUUCCAAACGGCCCCUGAGGGCCCCACACGGCCGUGCAGUCCUUCCACCAGACGUCUCUCGCUCUCCGUUCCUCCCACUGUCUUUGAAGCUAAGCCCCGCCCCUGACCAGGUUACGGGGCGGAGCCUGCCUGUGUGGAUCCGUGAGGCAGGCAGAGCGUCUCCCACCACAGCUGUGCUCCGGUCUCUGGUCUGGGCUCCACUCUUUGUCGGUCUUCGCCUUUCUCAGCGGCAGUAGGCUCCAGAGGGAGACGGAGCAUGAGAGCGGCGGGGGCAGAAGAAGGACACGAGAACCCCGACUGGACUACGGUCUAGUCCAGGCACGGAUACUGUUUUCUCCAGACUGGACUCGCUGAUGUACGCACUGGAUUUUACCCACCAAAGACAGCCGAGAACGGGGGGUGAGGGGCCGACUUUAUCGCGCAGGACUCUCUGGUUUUAGGAGGGCGAUCAUGGAUAAAACUUUGCACAUUCUCCAGAAAACUGCAGACGUGCCGACUGGGAUCUCCCUGGAUGUGAGUUUAAACAUGGACGAAGGGGAAGACUUUACGGAGCAGCAGAUAGUGGGGCUCCCAGACAAAAUCCCUCUGGUGAAGCCCUAUUUUAAAAAGAAGCAGAGGAAACUGGAUGCUAAAUGUCUCCACCGGGCGCUGGAGGAUCCCAUCCUGAGUACCCUGCUCAGCACGGACACGCUGGUCUCCGGGGACGGGGUGUUUGUUCCCCGGAACCAGCCGGGCCGGACUCCCAGCAACCUUUGCGCAGCGGCUGUGGUGAAACAGAACUGUAUAGGCCAGGUGUGUCUCAAGGACCCAGCAGCUCCCGACGACGCCACAGCUGCAGCUGGAGUAACGGGUUUGAUGGCUCGGGACGGUGAUGUGGAAAUAGCCGAUACUACUGCGGAGCUUGAGGAGACCGAGAGGCGAGGGGAGCGAGCCAAGAUCUCUGAUCCGACCCCCGACAGCCGCUGCUUUCAGCAGAAACCUGGCCUCAGGGCAGCUGGGAGCACAGUGACAAUACCUCCUCCAGCCAGGGAUUUACCUUCCACUGCUUCACCCCAGGCCCUGCACCAGGAGGGGGGCUUAAAAAGCAAUGACCUGUUAACCUCUUCGGUUAAAAACCUUCCAGUAAAAGACUGUUCCAGUCUCCAGGACCCCCAACCCCUCCUGCUGCAGCCGGACAAACGAGUGCUAUUUCAGGAUAAAAGUGAAGAGGCCUCCCUGGACCUGGUUUUUGAGCUGCUCACCCAGCUCCAGUAUCACACGCACCAGUCAGACUCAGUGGACAUUUGUGUGGAUUUCCUCCAAGGACAAUGUGUUUACGGCAACGACUGUGCCCACCACCACACUGUCCUGCCCUACCACUGGCAGAUCCGCAGGAGCAGCAGCCAGACAUGGCAGAGCAUAGCUGAUGACUCCCAGGAACAGCUGGAGAGACUGUACUGCAACCCGGACAAUGAGCAAGUCAGGCUCAAGUACCAGGGCCGAGUGUUUUCCUUAGACUUUGGGACAAUGAGAGUGUGUGACCUAGAGUUUGACCGCGUCCGACGACUGUCCUCCCCUGCCAGCCCUCUGCCCAUCACCACAACGAGCCAAAACCCCACCCCGAGCUGUCACACGGUGUGGAAGUACUACUGCAGAGACAACUUUGGCUGGAGGGAGUACUCUGAGCCGGUGGUGAAGCUCAUAGAGGAGGCGAGUUCGAGGGGUCUUAAGGAGGUGCGCUUUAUAACUCUCCAGAACCAGUACAUCCUCAACAUCAGGGAGGGCUUCCAGCAGAACGCCGUCUUCGGGUUCAGACGUCAGAUCAAGAAGCGGCCCAUGUUCAUGUCCUCAGUCAUGCUUACACCCCUCUUGCAGACUUUAGGUGGCCUCUCUUCAUCCCCACUCGCCUCCUCCUCCUCCUCUUCCUCCUUGUCUUCAUCCAUGGAUCUCGUCACGUCACAUCCUCUCUCGCCAACGACCACCAACCCGCCCAGUCUUUUCCCAGAAACGUGGUUACCUAUGACGAUGAGCCAGGACUUCCUGCAGGUACCGGUGUCACGCGAAGACCGCAGCUACAGGACGGUCUACAGCCUUUUCCACAAGACGGUGUCAGAGACCAAGUUCAGGAUCAUCAAAAUCCAGCGUGUGCAGAAUCCAUUCCUCUGGGAGAAGUACAAGAGGAAGAAAGAGUACAUGUCCCGGCGCAUGUCCGACAUGGACCGACUGCUGAGCGAGCGCCACCUCUUCCACGGCACCUCAGCCGACGUGGUGGAGGGAAUCUGCAAGCACAACUUUGACCCCAGGGUCUGCGGCAAGCAUGCCACAAUGUUUGGCCAGGGCUCCUACUUCGCCCGCAAGGCCGUCUACUCCCACAACUUCUCCAAACGCUCACCCAAAGGAGUCCACUGCAUGUUCCUGGCCAAAGUCCUCACUGGAAGGUUUACAGUUGGAAACCCCUCCAUGCGGCGACCUCCUCCAAUCAACCCCCGCGACCCCUCCAGUGACCUUUAUGACUCCUGUGUGGACAACUGGGUAGACCCUCAGAUCUAUGUCAUCUUCAACGAUGACCAGAGCUACCCUUACUUCAUCAUUCACUACGAGGAAGUACCCAGCACUGUCGCCGUCUAAGACCUGGAUCAGACCCGGCUUUGUGUGUAUUUGCCAAUACUUACUCAUAGUCUGUUUUAGUCUGUGACAAAGCUGCACGGGUGGAGUCUGCCUCUGAAGAUGAAAAGAAACAGAUUAGACUAAUAAGACGCCGAGUUCAUUUUGGAGACUAAAGCUCACCCAUCUGCUGCUCUGAACAGGUUAAAACAGCCCAAGACAUGUUUGCAAAUACACCGCCGUGUAGAUCUGCAGGUAUCUGGAUCCAGACCAGACUGGUCUGCAUUAAGGAACAACCAGAUCAGAUUAAACUGGAUCAAACUGGACUGCAAAGGACGACACCUGUUUCAUCCAAUAUUGGGAUGUGGAUGACAAGUGACAACAGCUGCACCCACAACAGACUUACCAGACUCAUAUAGCACUCUUUGUUAUUUAGUAUGAACAGGAGCCUAGUGAUGAUCACCAGACUUGAGACUUAAUCUACCUUAUUGAUCUGGAGCAGAUGCAGGAAAAACCAAACAAAGUCCUCUUAUCAUUCUGACUUAGUUGCACGGCUGUAAUUGAACUCACAUCAGGACAAAUGCUGAGUGUCCUGCCAGUACUGUGAAUGACCAACUGGUUGUAUUAUGAGAGGAAGCAGCCAACCAAUCAAACGCUUCCAGAGACAAACCAUGGCAACUCUGAUCCCAAUCAGUCUCUUACAGAAACCAUAGUGUGUUUACCCAGCCUUUGACCCAUAAGAUUUUCUUUUCUCAAGUGUAUGUGCUGCGUGUUUGAAUCUUUGAUUUAGUGGACAUGAAUCUUGUGGCCUCUUCAAACAGUCAUGGACAUGAGUUUCAGUGGGACUUUAACAAACAGACAUCCACGUACUGUAAACCUCCAGGCAGAGGUUUCACAUGAAGCCAGUGCUGUACCCGCUUGGUGAUUUUUUGCCUUUGUGCCCACCAUUUUGGUUCCUCACAGGGGAUUGAAGAGAGUACAGCUUCACGCUGAGACUCUGCUGCUGCAGCGGCGGUGGUGCCGUAGCGUUUUGUCAACAAAACCCCCUGAAACUCAUCUCUCGUGGACCGCUUUCUCGCUCAGAGACAGUAGACAUGUUUUAUUGAGACAAACUGUACAGGCGUUCUCUUUGUUUAUAUUUGAACUGUGUGCCUUUUGUUCAUAAAAUUUUAUUUAUGUUAGUUUAAUGUAACAUUUGAUUGAAUAAAGAAAUCUAAA